AUGAGCAGCGAGUCCUCGUCGUCGCUGGACAGAAUCGCGAUCGAAGCCGUGGACAAGACGGUUGUGUGUGAGCCUGUGAAAGAACUAGAGGCGACCGAAAACUACAAGGUCAUCAGCUCGAGAGACGCGGAUGUAACGCUGCGGUUUCUCGAGGAGCACGACGCUCACGUUGAGCCCAUUUCGCCAGAGCGCGAACGCAAACUUUCGCGGAAAGUGGUCUGGAUCAUCGUCCCACUGACGAUGUUUAUCAACAUGGUGCUGUACGCAGACAAAGCUGCGAUGUCGUUCGCAGCCAUAUUCACGUUUUUCGAGGAUACUGGGCUUACGCAGAACAAGUACAAUAACGCCAACACGCUGUUUUACGUUGGAUUUGUGCUGGGCCAGAGUAACCUGUACUUUCUGCAAAAGUUCCCAGUGGGCAAAGUCGUAACCGUUAUGACAGCUCUGUGGUGCAUCAUUAUGUUUCUACAUUGCGCAGCGUACAAUCCCAGUGGCGUUUAUGCGCUACGGUUUUUUUUGGGAUUCGUCGAAGCCAUUGGUGUGCCGGUUCUAAACAUUACUAUGGGUCAAUUUUUGACCGCAGAGGAAAAAGCGGCUACUGCGCCGGUUUUCUACGCUAGUUGUAUGGGCGUCGCAAUUCCAAUUGGUUUCAUCGCCUACGGCGUUUUGCACAUCGCUAGCACUUCCAUAGCCAACUGGAAGAUCUUUUCCAUCAUUAUCGGCUGUAUAACAUUCAUUACCUCGGCCUUGGUAAUACUGCUGUAUCCAAAUAACCCAACAGAUGCCAAGUUUCUAACCACGGAGGAAAAGGUUUGGGUCAUUAGAAGAGUUCAACAAACGACUGGCUCGUCAAUUGAACAAAAACAAUUCAAGAAGCACCAAGUUAAAGAAACCCUCCUGGAUCCAAUUACCUGGCUCUUUGGGGGAUUUUUUCUGCUGCAGCAGCUUGCUAACAAUCUCGCCUAUCAACAAAACCUUUUGUUUGAAAGUCUGGGCGGAAUCACCAAUUUGGACGCAACACUGGUUUCAGUGGCAGCGGGUGGUUACAACGUUAUUUGUGCACUGUUGGCGACCUGGUGGUUGAUGUGGAAGAAAGACACAACUGCCUAUUCCGUAGUGUUUUGGUCAAUACCUUCACUGGUCGGAUGUAUUGGUAGUGUCGCCAUGUCGUGGGAUAACUCCAUCGGAAUAUUGGCUAUGAUUUGUCUCGCAACACCAUUUGGUGUUCCUUGGAUUAUGAUGUUCAGCUGGAACGUUACUAGUUGCUCUGGAUAUACCAAAAAGUUGACUAGAAGCGCGGUAGUCAUGUUUUUCUAUGGUAUUGCCAAUAUCAUUUCUCCUCAGCUAUGGCAACAGAGCACUGCUCCUCGCUACAAGCCUGCGUGGAUAGUUCAAAUUGUGUGUUCGUUCUUUACUGCGCCGCUCUUAGCCCUGGUUAUACGCCAUAUUUUGAGCAAGAGAAACAAAGAGAGGUUAGCAGUGAUUGCUGCGCAAGAAGACACAGAAGUUGGGGUUGUAGAACGCGAUGGUGAAAAAGUCAAGGUCAACUUGGCCAUGAUGGAUCUCACGGAUCUAGAGAAUGAGAGGUUUGUCUACCCAUUGUAG